UACGUGUGGUGUGGGAGAAUCACGCGAAGCAGCGCUGACUUCCAGUCUGCCAGCUGUACAAAGGCAUCAAACAUGGGAAGCAACAACAGCACGCGCCGCGUCUCCUUCGAGGCCGAUGAGAACGACAACGUGACGGUCGUGAAGGGCAUUAGGCUCUCAGAGAAUGUGAUCAAUCGCAUGAGAGAGACCUCAUCUCCGACAUUUCGGCCACCACCAUCGGGAGCGCCCAUACCUCCGGCCCCUGUUCAGCCUUUAGCCCCCUUUUUGCCACCACCUGCUCCUUUCGAACCCACUGUGCCCAUUCAGACACCACAAUCCUCCAGGGAAUCAGGGGCUCCUCCUCUAGCUGCUGAUGACCCUGAACUGCGGAAGAAGGUCACAGAGGAGCUGCAGAGAGGGUUGGAGCAGGAGAGGCGUAAAGCUGAGCUAGAGCUGCAGAGGAGGUUGGAGGAGGAGAGGACCAAGGCUCAGGCUCAAGUCCAACAAGAGGUGCAAAGGAUGUUGGAAGCAGAGCGGGUGGCAGCUCAGGAGAGCAUCAGACAGGCUCUGCUGAAGGAGAGGGUGACUGCUGAGGAUGAUCGGCUUAGAGCCCAGUUCUACGCUCAGCAGCUGGAGGAGAGGGAACAAGAGCUGAGGAAGCAAGAUGCCUUCUAUAAAGAGCAGCUGGCCAAGCUGGAAGAGAGGAGUACAGAGUCCCACAAGGUCAACAUGGAGAACUACCACAGGGCAGCAGACGAGGUCAGCUCCAGGUUCAAACGGUAUGAGAUUACCCCCAUCUGUGCUGACCUGCAGGGAGAGAUCCUCCAGUGCUAUAAAGAGAACACUGGGCAGACCCUCACCUGUUCCCGCAUUGCCUCUCAGUACCUGCAGUGUGUGAACAACGCCAAACAGAAGAAGCUGAGGACUGGAGGCUAGCACUCAUCUCAUGACCACUGGUGUGCGACUACUCAGAAGAAAAUCACCAUCAGAGACUCCAAGCACACAGCAGAUUUAGGACAUCAGUCCAGAAACGCAUUGAUUCAGUCACUCAGACCUGAAACCCCGUAUAGACCUUGUCUCUUGCUACUGAAACACCUCCCAUUACAUUCCACACUCCCCCCUAUAAUGGGAAGAGCCCUACCAAACCAACAGUAAUGUUGUGAUGUAGUGGGAAGACUAUCUCCGGUUACAAACUACAGAAGUACCCAGUACGGGGUAGAUGAAGAAAGGACCUACUUGUGUUAGUCUCUUCCAUCUUCACACUAGAACCGGGACUUGGUUUUUACUCACUUACCAAGCAGCCAUAAUAUAGAGCCACUCUACUCACUGCCCCACCCCCCCCAAUGUCACCUGUGCAUCCUGUCUUGCUAUGUCUGAGAGCUGCUGUUUUGCUCUGAACAAAUAAAAUCUUUCAAUGGGGUGCAGAUAAGUGAACAGCACUCAACCAGUGUGCAACCAACUCUAUGAGCACUGGUCACUUCGUUAGGUACAUCUAGCUACUAUGGGGUUGCAGCAUGGACUGGGCAGCAAGCUGCUUGAUACGUUCCAGGGGUUUCUUGGUCUACAAGUUUCAUAGCUCUACACACUUGCUCCAGAUUUUUGGUGGCACAGUCAUUUUCUUCCCAUGUUCCAUGUGGAUAAAGCUGUACCUAAUAAAGUGGCCAGUGAGUGAGUGCAAUAAAACUAGGGUUGAGUACCCCUGACACCAAAUGAUAUCCAUGAGAGUUCAGAAAAAUUUUUUUUUUUGGGGAUGUCAGUUUGUUUUUGUACAGCACUUUUUUUUCUUUUUUACACAUUCUCUCAGGGCACUUAUCCAUACCAUCAUUUUCUGCUAACAUUUUAAGAAAAGUGCGGGAGCGGUAGUAAAACUAACAAAACAGAUGAGGUAUAUGGGAAUCUUUCAGAUGUAGCAGAAUGAUAAAUGGCAGAUAUUUUUUUUUUUUUUUUUUAGAAAAGCUAGUGUACCCUCAGCACAUAAUACACAGCAAACAUACUAGUUCUCAGAGAAAUGGAAGAUUUAACACAUCUUUCUGCUCUAUGUGGUGUAUAGUUUCAUAAGUUUCUAAGGGGAAAAAAUUGAAAGAACAUAGAUGAAAGAGCAGACAUACUCCGUAUGAUUGAACAGACCUACAGAAACUGGCCUUUUCCCUUUUUUUGUUUUUCUGUAUGACUCAGCAAGUUUCUUUUUUUAAAUAUCUUUGACCAAAACAUCUAAAAUCUAGAAAUGAACUUAAAGGCAGAGCUGAUAUGUAAACGGUCAUGUUAUUUUUUUUUUACUCACUUUAUGUUAAACCCAAUAGAGACGCUGAAGUUCAGCAGUCAAAAUAUUCUGGUAGAAGUACUUCAAAAUAGUUUCUCGGAAGAACUCAUCAAAAACUUCUUCAGUAAGGCUAUGAGGUGGAAAAAAAGCACUAUCGGGUCAAAAAUCAGGUUACUUUUAUUGAUCAAAUUAUGCCUUCUAAAGAUAUUAUCAACCACUAGCAACUUUUGACAGCUUAGUGAUCAUUACUGUAUCUCUCACUUUUAAGGAGAGUUUGUUUACUUUAAAAAAAUAUUUCUAAUUUGACUGCUUUGGUCUUCCUUGUCAAUAUGUAUAUUAAACAGAUUUAUCAAUACUUAAAUUUAACUCAGCUUGUUUCUCUAAGGUGUGCUAUAUUUGGUGUGUUCUAAAUGCUAAAUUUUAAGAAGUCGGGAGGGAAUCAGGGUAAGGACCAUGCUCAAAGGUGCAGGUGGGAUCUGAACCUGGCUCCUUCACAUCCAAAAGCAGUGGUAACCACUACCUGCUGCCCUGUUGGCUGGACCAAAAUAUUUGAAAUGUACAAAUUCUAAAAUUAAAAUUCUACAUCCAGUCCAGGGUUAUAGUUAGCAGCUCAAUGCAGCCUCAGCAAAGCUACUCUUCAAGACUGUAACACCAGA